UAGUUGCAUACAGGGGUGGACUGACCAUUUGGAAACUCGGGCACUGCCCGAGGGCCCGGGGUCAGUAGGGGGCCCCAUGAGAUGCCCCUGGUACCUUUUUCAUAGGCUUUUUUUAGUUUGGGCAAGGACACAGGGGCCCCAUGAUCCCCUAUUGCCUGGGGGCCCCAUGAGUUGUCAGUCCGCCCCUGUCUCCAAGUUGGAGUAGCAGUGAACAAAUUAAGGGCAGGUUUGCGUGGAGAUAGCCCACGUCUAGUUAAUCAGGCCCCUUUUAAUGGACG